GCCAGUGCGAGCGCGAGAGACAGUGGCCAGGCGCCAAACCUCUCGUCUUUCCUAGUCACGUUCCCCGCCUCACGACAGACAAGCGUCCUUACCCCGAAGUCCUCGCUCUCGUCCGCAAAUACCGCCUCCGCGUGAAACCUUUGCCCCCUCCACCACCGCCACCAGCGAUUGACUGCGCAAAGCGACCAUGUCAUUUCCCUUCGAAGGCGAGACGCACGUCGUUUCUGACGGAGGCGCUGCAAGUUCAGCAGCGGGACAGAUCGCAGACCCAGCAGUAGCUGCAUCCAGCGCUGCAGAUCUACAGAGGGCAAGAGACUAUGGUUGGAAUGAGCGAACGAACCUCGAUUAUGACAAGUUGCAACAAAUUGGUGACUCGAACGAGUGGCUCGGCGCUGCUCAGGUCUACGAGUGGAAGGAUGAGUACGGCGAUGUCGCUCCCGAAGUGCCAGAACUUGAGGCAUUGCUCUACGGCACCGAGCAGCGCGUCACCGAGGGUGGCCACCGCGAGAAUCUCGAUGAGAUUGAGGUUCUCCUUGAAGGUCCCACCAAGGUUGCUCCUAUCCAGAAGUUCGAAGACGGUGGUCUGCACCCUGUCGUGCUCGACAAUGUCAAGCGGUGCGGUUACAGCAAGCCGACUCCAAUUCAAGCCUACACUAUUCCGGCGGUCAAGCUCGGACACGAUGUUGUUGGCAUCGCUCAGACAGGCAGCGGCAAGACUGCAGCAUAUCUCAUCCCCAUCAUCUCAGCGUUGAUGGGCAAGGCGAAGAAGCUUCGUGGUCCUCGUCCGAAUGCCGGCACUUACGAUCGCCGCGACAACCACGUUCGUGCAGAGCCACUUGUUCUUGUCAUCGUGCCCACCCGCGAAUUGGCAGUGCAGAUUUUUGACGAGGCUCGUCGCCUGUGCUACCGCUCAAUGCUUCGUCCUUGCGUUUCCUACGGCGGCUUCCCGCUCGGCCAGAACAUUCAAGACUUGGGCAAGGGCUGUGACAUACUCAUCGGCACCUGCGGUCGUCUCAAGGACCUUAUGAGCAAGCCCGACGUUCUGAGCAUGAACCGCGUCAAGUACACCGUCAUUGACGAGGCUGACGAGAUGCUCGGGGACGACUGGUCUGACGAACUGAAGGUCAUCCUGGGUGGUGGUGAUGCCAAUGAGGAUGCGGAUCAUGUGUACAUGAUGUUCUCCGCCACUUUCCCCAAAGGCGCCCGUCAGGUCGCUCGCGACUACAUGGAGUCACAUUAUCUGCGUAUUCGUGUUGGCCGUGCCGGUCAAGCACACAAGAACAUCAAGCAGGAAAUCAUCGAGGUCGACCGCAACCGGGCCCGCGACGCUGUCUACGAUUUACUCUUUUCGAUGGAGCCAGCGCGCACUCUCAUCUUCUGCAACGCGAAGGCGUCUGUCGACCUCCUUGACGACUACUUGUACAACAAGGGCUUGCCAACCACGUCCAUUCACUCGGAUCGCAGCCCACGUGAGCGUGAGGAUGCCAUUCGCUCUUUCCGCGUCGGCAGCGCGCCUAUCCUCAUCGCCACCGGCGUCUCUGCUCGCGGCUGGGACAUCAAGGAUGUCAAGCACGUCAUCAACUAUGAACUCCCAUCUGGCAUGCACGGCGGCAUACAAGAGUAUGUUCACCGCAUCGGUCGUACUGCACGAAUUGGCAACCAAGGCCUCGCCACCUCCUUUUACAACGACCGAAACGAGGACAUUGCUCAAGAGUUGGUCAACGUUCUCGUGGAGUGUGGCCAGCCUGUGCCAGACUUCCUUGGCCAUCUCAAGCCAGAGCGGACGGCCGACAUCGAUUUUGACGACAACUCCGAGGACGACGGUGAAGUUGGCAACGGCUUUGGGGAUGACGAUGCCUGGGGUGCUGAGUCACCAGCUGCUGACGAUUCUGAGGCAGCCGACGCAGGCUUUGAGGCGGACUCUAGCUUCGAGGCCUCUGCUCACUCCUCUUGGUAGGCGCCUCCAAAGCACACCACGACACACUGCUGCUCUCUGUCUCAGGGGUGGCUCACUUACGAUACGACAUCAUGAGACAUGUUACGGUAGCACCGCAAGCUUUGGACGGCUUUAUCGACGUACUGGGCGAAGCGAGGACCCGGCUUUUUGAAGGCUGAUUGCAUGUCUCAACGCAAAGGAUACCCCACAAGGUAUACCCAAAUGAAGUACCAGAAUAAGGUAUCAGAGCAGAUAACACAGAGGUGGCUGUUCCAGAAAAUUCACUG